AUUUAAAGGGCCUGGGAGGAGGAGAGCCCAGAGGGAGUGAGCAGCCAUCAUGGCCACUUCAGAGCUGAGCUGCCAGCUGUCGGAGGAGAACUGUGAGCGCCGAGAGGCCUUCUGGGCGGAGUGGAAGGAUCUGACACUGUCCACAAGGCCUGAGGAGGGUUGCUCCCUGCAUGAGGAGGAUGCCCAGCGCCAUGAGACCUACCACCAGCAGGGGCAGUGCCAGGCGCUGGUGCAGCGUUCACCCUGGCUGGUGAUGCGGAUGGGCAUCCUGGGCCGUGGGCUGCAGGAAUACCAGCUGCCCUACCAGCGGGUGCUGCCUCUGCCCAUCUUCACUCCCGCCAAGGUGGGUGCCACCAAGGAGGAGCGCGAGGAGACACCCAUCCAGCUGCAGGAGCUGCUGGCACUGGAAACAGCCCUGGGAGGCCAGUGUGUGGACCGCCAGGACGUGGCCGAGAUCACCAAGCAGCUGCCUCCCGUGGUGCCUGUCAGCAAGCCCGGCACCCUUCGUCGCUCCCUGUCUCGCUCCAUGUCUCAGGAAGCACAGAGAGGCUGAGAGGGACUGUGACUUGGGCUCCACUGUGCCUGCCCUGGGCUGGGCCCUUCCUGGCUAGGACCAUGGAGGGGAGCUGCUGGUCACGGAUGCUUCGUAGUUUGCCCAGAGUUGGGGGCUAGGGGAGGAGGGAGCCAGAGGCCAGGAUGCCUGGAUCUCCUGAGUUCCCGGAGGGAGGGGAGCGGACGAUGGGCACAAAAGGAGAAGAGCUGGGGGCCAGCACAGCCAAGUACCCCCAGCCCUAGGAGGAAGGGCAGAAGAAGCUGAUGAGGGCAAGAGGUUCCUGAGAGGAGUAACCCCAGUCCAGAUUUCAGCUUCAGAAAAGGAUGAAGAAAAACUGUAAGAGGAUCUGGAGUGCUCUGGGAAGGAGACUGGAGGGAGGGGGACGUGAAGAGGGCAGAGGCAGGGUGGAGCCCCCAGCACCCUCUGUUAGUGCUGCAAUAAAUGCUCAAUCACGUGCCA